AUGCCUCAUCCCGAGCAAGAACUCAAUAGCUCUGUCGGCACUGCUCAUGACCAUCAACCCACGGAGACGCUUGGCCAUGUUCAACUUCAAGAUGAAAUUACUGGAGCAACACUUCUUGUGCCCCAGCCGUCGUCCGAUCCCAAUGACCCUCUCAAUUGGCCGAAGCCUUUCAAGAUAUAUGUUGCCGUUCUUACUUGCGCAGCAUUGACCUGGGUCAACUUUUUUGCAGCUGGACCUGGGGUAAUGUUAGUUGAGAUAGUCAUAGAUCUCUACGGCGUGUAUCCGCCUAAUUCCCGUAAUCCCGUUACGCUGUCUUCGGCAUCGACCGCAGCAUUCUCCUCUGCAGUGAGCAAGGUGGCUUUACUCUUUUCCACGACAUCUGUGGCGGCAGGUGCGAGCAACAUUUUGUGGGUCCCACUCGCAGUGAAAUACGGUCGUCGGGCGGUUUACACUUUCUCAUUUCUCGUUUUCGGAUUCUGCUGCAUCUGGUCGGCGCGUGCCACCUCUUAUGGCAGCCUGUUAGCGUCGAGGAUUAUAGCAGCAUGGUUCGCCGGCAGCGCUGAGUGUGUGGCUCCCAUGACGAUCGCAGACAUCUUUUUCCUUCAUGAAAGAGGGAAAAUAACGGCGAUGUACUCGGCGGCGCUCGGAACAGGUGCUGCUUUGGGCUUAUUGAUAUCCGGUGUCAUGUCAAUCUCGCAGGACUGGAGAAUGUUUCAUUAUUUGUGCGCUGCCGUCGUCCUUGCCACGAUGGUCUUGAUUCUCUUCACCAUGCCCGAGACCGCAUAUCAAAGGAAUGUCGGUGGAACAGAGCAAGUAGCAAAUGAGAAAAUAUCCCGUUUGUCUGAAGAGGGGUGCGUCGAGGGGGCCAGAACGCCUAAGAAAAAAUCAUUCAUCCAACUGAUGGCCUUCAACCGUAUUCCUCUCACCCAUGAGAGCAUAUGGAAAGUUACCAUUCGUCCUGUGCUUGUCCUCUUUCUACCACCAGUCUUGUGGUCCACGGUGGCUUUCGGAAUAGGAAUAGGCAUCUUUGUCAUCCUAGGUACUACAGCCGCAACGGCCUUCUCGCAGGUUUACGAUUUUACAGUCUGGCAAUUGGGAUUGAUCUGGAUCGCGGGAAUUAUAGGUAAUCUGCUAGGCAUACCCUUCGGUGGCUACUUCUCGGAUUGGGUCGCCAACCGCGCAACUUCGAGGAACGGUGGCGUUCGCGAGCCAGAGAUGCGUCUUCCGGCCGUCAGCAUCGCUAUGAUCACUUAUCCAGGAGCACUUCUUCUCUAUGGUCUGGGGAUCAAUUACCAGGCUCAUUGGAUGAUACCUACAUUGGGAAUAUUCUUGUUCUCGUUCGGAUGUAGUGCUGCGAUUGGUAUCAGUGUGGUCUAUACAAUUGACUGCUACMGGCCAAUUGCUGGGGAGGUCGUGGUGAGCCAAGUUGUUUUCAAAUCGUUCAUCACAUUUCUCAUGUCCUUCUAUGCUAACCCAUGGGUGGAUCGGGAUGGGUACACAGCAGCAUUUAGCACUAUGGCAGGCUUCAGUUUCCUUGUCCUGGCAUUAUGGAUUCCUCUGUACAUCUGGGGUAAGCAGAUCCGCCACGCCACUCUCAAAGGGCGCGUGAUGCAACAUAUUCACUGGGAUGUGGACAGAGAGACGGGCGAGUAG